AUGGAUUGGCUCAGUUGGGUCAGUCAGUUGGGCUAUACACAGCUUUGUGUUGUACUUGGUACCGUCUCAUUGCGCGGUAAGAAGGAUGGAGAAGGAGAGCUACAACUUUGGUUUCGUGCGAUGUUCAACGAUUGCCGCAUUUUAUAUGCCAGUAGGAUAGCGGGACAUGACGAGAUGGUAUGUGAGUUAUUGAUGUUUUUCCUCUUUCACUUCCGAGAUUGCACUGACAAAAUCAGCAAAAUCAAAACGUUAUCAACAGAGAAGUCGAAAUUUCAUUUCGUCCAAUACUGAAAACAAAUAGUACCAUCGUGAGAGUACUGAUAGAGGGGUUUCGUCCAGGGGCUCAAGAGUUAGAACUAAAUUUUAUAGAUCCAUGACUCUGGGAGUGAAAGGGUUUUAAAUAUAUAAUUUAACAAUACAAUUAUAAUAAACUGGUUCAAGACUUCACAGGUAGUGCAUCGUUUUAUUACUACAGCUCUGUUUCGUGUGGCCAAAAGAUGACCACACUCAUCGGGUAAUAUCAACGAUUGACCGUUAGAUUACAACAACUGGCAAAAAAGCGGAAAUAAGGUUGCUAUGAGAUAUAAAAACAGCGUUAUGUUAUCGUGUAAAUCAUGUGAUUGCUAUUUAUAAUUUGGAAGAUUGUGUUACUUUAUCAUAAAGUUCCGUGAGGAGGUAAGCCUCGGGAGGGAAGGGUUACUUCCUUAUAAGAGGCUAAUAGGAAUGUGCCGCUGGAUGGGGUCGCAUUUUCACAACAGGACUGACUAUAGAGGGGUCGAAAUUUCAAUAGAGUUACUCGAAUGGGGUGGCACAUUUUGGGGUUUUUUGGGGUAAGACAUUUCUUCAUAUUUACGGUUAGCAAACGUACCAGAAUGUUUCCACUGUAGGUGAAAAGUAAAGUGCUCUUCAUUCAGUGAUUAUUUGCCCAAAAGUGGCUAAGAUGGGGUCAGCAAAAAUUUAGCCAAGUACCCCCCCCCCCCCCCCCCCCCCCCCUAGCGGACACCUUCGGGACCUUCCCAAGUGUCCGCUUUUUAUAGAGGUUUGUAAAAAUUGCGCAAUGUUUGUUAACGAUUAACAUUCAACGGUUACUCUGUACUGUGAUUAAGCCAUGUUGUUGAGGAAACUAAGGAAGCUAAGGAAGCUGUGCUGUGCUGUACUUUGCGCAACACUUUAGGUGAACUUUGAUCGCGGAUGACGAUUAUACUGCCGGAUAUCGGUGUAAUAUGCAGUUAUUUGACCUCUAAAUGUAUUGAUUUAUCUCUAUUAAUCGACAUACAGUACGUAUUUCAAGGAAGUAAUCCAAUACUACCUCUCCUUACUUUUUUCAGUUUGUAAUUAUGCCUGAAACUACAAUGAAGGUCACCAAGGAUACAGUUACAAUUAAAGAGCUAAAAGACUGGUGGGGUCACGAAGGACAAACUGUUCAACUAAAAGAUGCUGAUGCAAAUGAGCUUCAGCUUUUUAUUGAAAAAAUGCCCGUCCCAAUCAAAGGUGAGAGUGUUCAAAGUAAUUUCCAAAAUUUUGUUUAAGUUUUGGUUUUGGAAUAAAAAGGUACAUGGUUGAACCUCUGUACAAAUGUAUGGAAACAGGCAGAUCAAGGUUAAUCAAUUUUUUGGUUUUAGUCUUUAAAUAAAAAGACGAAUACGGGUUAAACUUAUUGUAUUUACGAAGGUUUAUAAAAACAGGUAGCUCAAGCUUAUGGCAAGAGUAGUUAGUUUGGUGUUUUUGAAUUGAGAAGCGUACGGUUAAACCCGUACAUUUGUGUGGAUAGCUGGGCUAAAAUAUUUAUAAUUGAUGAGUGAAAUAUCCAUAUUUAGUAUAUACUAAAACAGUGGAUAGUGUUUUUCGCGCGCUCUGAUUGGCUACUCAAUCAGUGAAUAUCCUUCACUAUUCACUGAUUCACCUCCAGUUCCUCCGAACGAGCGACGCCAAACUUGCGUAACUGAGUUGCGGGCAAAAUGCCUUCCCGGUUUGCUGCCGUAACAAACUAAGAAAUUUCACAACUAAUCAUGCAAGCUAUUCCCAAAAUACAUGAAAAAGGUGACGAAGUUCGGUUUGGAAGUUUUAACAGGUAAAUCUUUGUCUUUUUUACUUAAAUUUAUCGAUAAAACCGGUGAAAAAGUUUUUUGUUUACAAAUGCAAAUUAAGCUUAAGUCUUGCGCUACUUAAUUUAGUUGACUUGUUCAUAAAUAAGCUUAAAACUAAAUUUAAUAAUAUUUAAUAAUCUUUUUUACAGAAUGAUUUUAAAUAAAAAAAGAAUUCACAACUCCUUUUGAAGAAACUUCCCCGCAAGAGCUAUACAAACGCCUUCAAAAGUUUUAUUUGUCGCUAAGAAAAAGCGAUGACCGUGACCGUUCGGUCAUCGUGCGCCCAAAUUGUAAUCGUUGGCAACAGUAAAUGAGUUAAAAAUCAUCAUUUUUGUCCUCAAUUAUCUCACUAUUUUAGUAUAUACUAAAACAAUUAUUCACCUCAGUGUCGUAGUGGAAAUUUACCUCGCCGCUUCGCGGCCUCGGUAAAUUAUCACUACUAGCCACCUCCACUUCGGUGAAUAAUUGUUAUAUAACAAGACAGAAUAUUAACGCCUAUAAAUUUUGUCGACCGGGAAUCUUCGCGUCAAAACAUUGUUCGCUGUUAACAGUGUCAAGAGGGGUAGACUACUAGAACAACAUUGAUCUUCUUUUUUAAAGCAACAAAGAAGAGCGUGAUAUCAGGCCGGCGGCCCCUAUUCUAGUGAUUUGGAGUAAAAAAAAUCAGAUCAUAUUUAAGACUAAAUGAAAGCUUUGAGUCAACUGCAUUAGUCUGUAAUUCACAAAUCGAUUGAUGAAAAUUGCUUCCUCGCCUCAUUUUUCUCGCGCGCUGGCGGUCCCGCCGCCAAAAUUUCCCCUCCGAUCCUGAAUCCUACUCAGUAGUUUUCUUAUCAAAAAUGUAGUUUACGUCAUAGAAAGUGCUUUGUACGGGGUUAUAUUCACGAGCUUGUUUGUGUCAAAACCCGAACGAGCGAGAUACGAGCGAGUGAGAGCUUUUGACACAAACAACUCGUGAAUAUGACCUUGUACAAAGCACUUUCUAAGACGUGAGCUGUUUAUUACACAUAUUAGGAGAGUUUUCUCUGAAAUAGUUAUCUUAAUGUAACACAUAAGCUUAUUACUAUUAAAAGAGCAAAUUACAAAUGCUGACAUGCAAAUGCAAAUUUAAUAGCAAUUGCAAAUCUCGCAACACAUCCUUAGUCCUCAUCGUGCAGAACAGAAAAUGCACUUACAAAAGUUUAAUCUAGUAUGAGGUUACAAAAGACAGACCUCAGCGAUGUGGGCUCGUAUAGAGGAGUUCACGCUCAUAGUCACGGCAUCAUAGGUAAUCAGGGCAAGAUGGAGGGAAAUUCAAAGAUUUGUAUUGGAAUUCAAAGCCCGCUAAUUCUUCCUGAAUUCAUAUAUUUGAUGCUUGAUUUUCCCAUACAUUUUCUGUAAUUCCACAGUAUCAAAAUUACAGAAAAUUUAUAUGGAAAAAUUCAGGUUUUCUAAAAACUCAUCACGGAUGUCUUUGCACUCCAGAUUUAGUGUAUUGUUUUUUUGAACUCGUAAGUUACCCUUUUUAAAAGAAACAAAAGCUUAAUGUCCAAUGUAAACAAAUUAGGGCUUGGGAAAGAUCAUCUUGGAGGGAAAGAUAGAUGAGAAAAGGAGAGAGGAAGACCGAUAAAGUAGUGGGGAGGGGACAUGUCACUAACAGAAUUAGGAAUUAGGAAUUUUUUUCUCUUUCCUGAAGCUCUCUCAACAACCGCUGCAUAUUUUGUUCACGUUGUUGAAACUCCAUCAGUUGCCUUUGAGAAUUUUUUUCUCGUUCCUGAAGCUCUCUCAAGAUUGGCAAUUGGUAAAAACUGUUUCCGCUGUGCGGUAAAAGAUGCAACGUCCUAUGGGAUAAGCAGUUAGAGUAAAAAUGCGGGCGUGAUUUCAAUUUCGGACUGGAUCGUGUCGAAACGUUUUGAUAUCAAAUCGACUGAUUUAAGGUUCAUCUGAACGAAAAAAUGAGAGCUCGUUCAAAGAAGGGGCUAUUCUUGGACACACAUUUCAAUAUUUUGUUUGAGUUUACAAGCAAACCAUAAUUAUUUAGUGACAAUCGGAGCGAAACGAAAUUCUGAUUUUCAUCUUCUUCAUCAGUAUCUCUUAAGCUUAUGUGUCGCUCAGUUUAAAGAGAGGAACGCAGUACAUUUAAAAUUUUCUUUGACGUCAAAAUUUUUAAUUUUUCUUUUUUAAGUGACACUUAAUCGGGUUGCCCAUGUUACUUUGGUGAUUUUCAUGAUUGCCUUGUUUUAUUUUUUAUCAUGAAUUAUCUUUUUAGAAAAAAACCAAAAUCUACGCAAAGCAAAUUCGCCAAGGCGAACCUCAGAAAUAGAAAGUCAGUGGAAGGAUUUUCAACGACGUGAGGAAAACUUCCAGAGACAGAAACGGGAGAUGCAGCAACGCGNAGCAGUUAGAGUAAAAAUGCGGGCGUGAUUUCAAUUUCGGACUGGAUCGUGUCGAAACGUUUUGAUAUCAAAUCGACUGAUUUAAGGUUCAUCUGAACGAAAAAAUGAGAGCUCGUUCAAAGAAGGGGCUAUUCUUGGACACACAUUUCAAUAUUUUGUUUGAGUUUACAAGCAAACCAUAAUUAUUUAGUGACAAUCGGAGCGAAACGAAAUUCUGAUUUUCAUCUUCUUCAUCAGUAUCUCUUAAGCUUAUGUGUCGCUCAGUUUAAAGAGAGGAACGCAGUACAUUUAAAAUUUUCUUUGACGUCAAAAUUUUUAAUUUUUCUUUUUUAAGUGACACUUAAUCGGGUUGCCCAUGUUACUUUGGUGAUUUUCAUGAUUGCCUUGUUUUAUUUUUUAUCAUGAAUUAUCUUUUUAGAAAAAAACCAAAAUCUACGCAAAGCAAAUUCGCCAAGGCGAACCUCAGAAAUAGAAAGUCAGUGGAAGGAUUUUCAACGACGUGAGGAAAACUUCCAGAGACAGAAACGGGAGAUGCAGCAACGCGAGCAGGAUUUACAAAGGAAACUCAGAGUGGUUAAAGAACGGUAUCAGGACUCUCAAAGCCACCUAACGGAUAUUGAGCAACAUGAACAAAAUAUGCAGCGGCUAUUGAGAGACCUUCAGGAACGAGAAAAAAAUUCUCAAAGGCAACUGAUGGAGUUUCAACAACGUGAACAAAAUAUGCAGCGGUUGUUGAGAGAGCUUCAGGAAAGAGAAAAAAAUUCUCAAAGGCAGCUGAGGGAGUUUCAACAACGUGAAGAAAAUUCUCAGAGGCAGCUGACGGAGUUUCAACAACGUGAAGAAAAUUCCCAGAGGCAGCUGGUGGAGUUGCAGCGGCAACUAAGAGAGAUAGGACAGCAUUUGACCAAUUGCCGAGGACAAGUUUCUGAACUACAGUUAAGUCUUUCAACAGCACAGGAAACAAUAAAUCAAUUGCGGAACCAGGAAACACGUGACUGGGUUAUUCCCCGCGACGAAAUUCAAAUCACAGAGAAAUACCUUGGGAGGGGAGGAUGGGGAAUUGUCAAUGAGGGAACGUAUUGUGGCUGUACUGUAGCAGUGAAGCAGAUCCAUGAGUUGAUUCUUUCUCCUCAUAACAUAAAUCUGUUUGAAAGAGAAAUGAAUAUCGCUUCUAAAUGCCGCCAUCCUCACUUACUACAGUUUAUCGGCGCCACGAAAGAUGAGGGAACUCCUCUGUUUGUGACCGAGCUGAUGGAGAAAAGUCUACGCACUUUGUUGGAGCAGCGGCAACUCUCCGAGACAGAAAUAGCCGUCAUUUCUCUGGAUGUAGCACGUGCCCUGAACUACCUUCAUCGAAAGAAACCAGAGCCUAUCAUUCACCGUGACGUCAGCAGUGCGAAUGUGUUGCUAUGGCGACAGGGUGACCAAUGGAGAGCCAAAGUGUCUGAUUACGGUACUGCUAAUUUUAUACAGCAGACCAUGACAGUGGCUCCUGGAGCUAUGAUUUACAGUGCACCUGAAGCACUUACAUCAAACCAAACAGUCAAGGUAAGUUUAAGUAAAUAUUCAAGACUGUUUACUUACUAAAACUGUACAGCAAGGCUAACAGUGGCAGAAGUGAUAAGUGAUGUCCACUCCAUAAACAAUACAUAUGAAAUGACUAUAUCUUUGUGAGGAGUCUUUGUACCUUGUUCUGCACUUUUUUCACUCUUUUAUACAUAUCUUCUUCAUGGAUUUGGUCCACGUAAUUGGAUUCUUUAAUUCAUCCCUUCUUGUCUCUAAAGACAACAGUCACGGGAUAGCAAAAGUUAAUUAGUAUUUUUAGAAACAAAACAUUUAAGCCAAUAACGUACCAUGAAGCCUUUUAAGAAUCUUCUCUUUUCUAGGCUUUUCUUAUCCAUUUAUCGAUAAUCAUCUAUUUUGAAUUCUCGAGUUCCUCCCUCUCGUGUUACCUUAACUCCUUUUGUAAUCAGUACACAACUAAUAAGUAAUGUCAUGUAUUAUGAUUGCUUUUAGGUUGAUGUGUACAGCUUUGGUGUUCUUCUUUGUGAAAUGUGCAUCCGGGAACUUCCAGAUCCUAGUAAGCGUGAAGAACAAGUCGUGCUUGUAACGAACGGUGUGUUUCGCGGCCUGGUACGGCGAUGCCUGCAUAGAGAUCCUGGGCCGAGACCAACCAUGCAGGAGAUAAUCGAUGAACUGAAAGAUGCCGAUGUAUCAUCUUAA